AUGCGUGAAAUCAUUCAUGCUCAGAUUGGGCAGUGCGGAAAUCAAAUUGGAACAGAGUUCUGGGAAACAAUAGCUGAUGAGCAUGGUAUUGAUUUAGUUGGUCAGUAUAAAGGUGAACACGAUCUUCAACAGGAAAGACUUCCAGUUUAUUUCACCGAGGGUCAAGGUGGUCGAUAUGUACCAAGGUGCGUUUUGGUUGAUCUUGAGCCAGGUACUAUGGAUGCUAUUCGAUCCUCCCCCCAAGGAAAUCUAUUUAGACCAGACAACUUUGUUUAUGGUCAGUCGGGGGCCGGAAACAAUUGGGCAAAAGGGUUCUACACAGAUGGCGCAGAAUUGGUCGAGUCUGUUCUCGAUAUUAUUCGCCGCGAAGCAGAUGCAUGUGAUUCGCUUCAAGGAUUUCAAAUAGUGCACUCGCUUGGAGGUGGAAGUGGAGCAGGGCUUGGAUCGUUGAUUCUUUCAAAGAUUAGAGAAGAGUACCCAGAUAGAAUGAUAUGCACUUACUCGGUAAUGCCAUCACCAAAAGUCUCGGAUACUGUUGUGGAACCCUACAAUGCUACACUGACUUUACACCAACUUCUUGAAAAUUCUGACGAGACUUUUUGCAUUGACAAUGAAGCAUUGUAUGAUAUUUGUUUGCGGACGCUCAAGAUACCCAGUCCAAGCUACAGAGAUCUAAACCAUCUGGUUUCAUGUGUUAUGAGUGGAGUGACCACCUGUCUUCGUUUCCCUGGUCAGCUUAAUGCAGAUUUACGUAAGCUGGCCGUAAAUAUGGUGCCGUUUCCUCGUCUUCAUUUCUUUAUGGUUGGUUUUGCACCACUGACUUCUAGAGGAUCUCAUCGCUACAACAACGUGUCUGUUCAGGAGCUUGUUUCUCAGAUGUUCGAUAAUCGCAAUAUCAUGACUGCCUGUGACCCGCGACAUGGCCGUUACUUGACUGUUGCAUCCAUUUUUCGCGGAAAGCUGUCCACCAAGGAGGUGGAGCAGCAGAUUUUAAAUAUCCAAAACAAAAAUUCAUCGUAUUUUGUCGAAUGGAUUCCAAACAAUAUGAAAACCGCUAUCUGUGAUAUUCCUCCAAAAAAUAUGAAAAUGGCGUGCACAUUUAUUGGAAACUCUACGUGCAUUCAAGAAGUAUUUCGCCGUAUUAUGGAUCAGUUUUCAUCCAUGUUUCGCCGUAAGGCGUUUUUGCAUUGGUACACAGCUGAAGGAAUGGACGAAAUUGAUUUUACCGAAGCAGAAUCUAACAUGGUGGAUCUAAUAUCAGAGUACCAGCAGUAUCAAUCUGCUACAGUUGAGCAAGACUAUGAUGAAGAAGACAGAGUCGGGUCGUGGAGGAUCAAGUAA